CAUUUGUGAAGAUUAAUUGAUACACUAGAAAGGUUGGGGUAAGGAAUUAAAUCAACUUUUAAUUGUGAAAAUUUUCGAAUCUUCCCAAUUGAAACGAUAUGGCUGAUAGUAAAUAUAAGUAUCGUGUUGAAAUUCAACAGAUGAUGUUUGUACUGGGGGAGACCAAUGAUCCUCCAGUAGAAACUACAUCAUUAGUGGAAGAUAUAGUACGAGGACAAGUUAUAGAAAUAUUAGUCGAAUCCAGCAAGACUGCUACCUUGAGAGGAACGAAAUCUAUAGCACCAGAAGAUGUGAUCUUUUUAAUUCGUAAUGAUAAGGCCAAAGUAAAUAGAUUAAGGUCAUAUUUAUCUUGGAAAGAUGUAAGAAAGAAUGCAAAAGAUCAAGAAGGUGGAGGAACAGAAGCAUUAAUAGAAGGUGACGGAGCUGGUGCACCUUCUGGUGGUGGGUCUGCUGCACCUGCCAGUCAAGUCAAUGACUCUUCAAAAAUGCUCUCACGUUACAAGAAGCUGAAAAUACGACUUCCUUGGGAAUUACAAUUUAUGUUUUCAGAACUUCAUCUUGAAACGGCUGAAGAAGCAGAACAAAUCGAUGAUGAUGAAAGAGAAGCAACGGUUGCUUCUUUAAAGCGUUUGAAAAUGGCCGAUGAUAGAACUCGUAAUAUGACAAAGGAGGAAUAUGUCCAUUGGUCUGAAUGUAGACAAGCAUCAUUCACAUUCAGAAAGGCAAAGAGAUUCCGUGAAUGGGCUCUGAUUCCACAAUUAUGUGAUUCUAGACCACAUGAUGAUGUCAUUGAUAUAUUAGGCUUCUUGACAUUUGAGAUUGUCUGCUCGUUGACCGAAGAAAGCAUCAAUAUUAGAAAUGCCGAAGAGAAACUCAUACAAAAACUGUUACUGAAAUCUGGGAGUUUGAAUAAAGAAUUAGCUAAAAGAAAGAGGAAGUAUCUCUUCGAUAAACCAGAUGAACUUGCUAAGCCUUUAUUACCAUAUCAUAUAGAAGAAGCUUGGAGAAGGUUGCAAAAUAUCGAUUUCAAACAUAAGGCUACGCGUAGUUUUGGUGGUGGAAUGUUAAAAUCCAGGACGAGACUCAUUUAAGGCUUGGGGUGGAAGUAAUAUGAAGAAGAUGGAAAGACUCUACAAUGCAUAUAUCAUUUAUUUUUAUUCUCUAUAGA